AUGCAACAGCAGCAGCAACAGAGACAACAACAGCAGCAACAACAGCAAUCCUCAGAUCAUAUAAUAACAAUUAGCACUGCCAGCCUAACGGACAAUUCACAGGACGAGCCCAUCAAGUGCUAUACAAAAACAACCACAACAGCAACACAGGCAGCAAUUCAAGAGGGAGUAGAAGCAGGAACAGGAACAGGAGCAGGACUUUCGCCCGGAACAACUCCUGUUGCAGCAAAGAAAUCACGUCGAUUUCAAUGCUCGUUCAGUCAACUGAUUAGCUAUCAGAAUAAUAUAGCUGAUGUGCAACAUCGACGUGGUCGUCGUUUGCACGGCUUGCAGUUACCACUGCAUCCACUCCAGCUGUUUGGUUGGCUGGUCCUGGUGCUCUUUGGCAUUGCCAGCUAUUGGCUGUUGAUACCCGCCUUUCAUGCGCCCAUCCAGGGCCCAUUGUAUGGCCUAAUCUCUGGCCUGUAUGUGGUGCAUAUUGUUGCCCAUUUGACGGCGCUGCUCACAGAUCCGGCAGAUAAGGAAUUGAGGCGUGUGCAUCGCAACGAUCGCAUCGUGCCCGAAUUCGAUCGCAGCAAACACGGACACGUCAUCGAGAACGGAAGGUGUCAUCUAUGUAAUAUAAGGACAACAACUCCUCGAACGAAACACUGUUCGGUGUGCAACAAGUGUGUGGGUAAAUUUGAUCAUCAUUGUAAGUGGCUGAAUCAUUGCAUCGGCUCCCGCAACUAUGUCGCAUUCCUGAUGUGUGUCGUCAGUGCCGUUGUGGCCACUCUGGUCAUUGUGGCCGCUGUAAUUGGCCAAAUUGUGCUGUACUACGUGCAACCGGACUGGUUGAGUUUCUAUUGGUGUCAGCACGGUUCGAGUGAAUUGGAUGGCGCAUUUGGCUCAACGGAUUAUAUCAAUCUAACCUUGAGUCUGAGCAAUGGCAGCAUGUUGCUCUUGGAGGAGGAGUCGGAGCUGGCUGGUCAGCUGGAGCAGGAUCAGCGGAAUUUGCAGCUCAAUUUGACAACGUUGCCCACGCUGCUGGAUAACUUUACGGCUUUGCUCGUGGAGAGCAGCACAAAUGAGGCAAACACUACGACAUCAUCAACAACCACAACAACAACUGUGCCUCUAACAAAUCACACUUUAACACCUUUAGUUGCCGGCAUUGGACUCCACGAGACCAUCUAUUUGCUGCUGCUGGGUGUGCUGGGAUUACUUGCUGCCAUAAGUGCAGGUCUGUUGUUACAUUUGUGCUUCUUCCACAUUUAUAUCUCGUUUUUGGGCCUGACCACCUACGAGUAUAUACGGAAUCAUCGGCAGGCGCAGGAGGCCAAAGCCAAACAGUUGCUGGAACUGGGCCAUAAAACGAAUGGAGUUCAUUUCAAUACUCAAAUGCCCACGCCCACAAAUCAUCCGUCCAAAAUUGCUGGCGGUGCACAGCUCUAUUGUUGCUCCAGUGUGCCUCAUCCCAAUCAGCGAAUGGAAUUAUCCUCGCCUGGCUUAGCAGCAGCAGCAGCUGCCCGGCGUAGCCAUCGUCUACAUUGCUGUGCCAGCUCCCGAGAGUUUCAUCAGUCACGGCAAGCGCUCUACAUGUGCUCCCUGCUCCAGGAGCGUAACAGAAGCGAUCGCCUCCAGCUCGAACUGGAGACGGGAGAACGUGAAAAUGAGGCCGCAAUGCGUUCCUUUCACUGCUGCUCCAGCUACGCAGCGAGCUCCGUACAACGACGCUCGAGCACAGCGGCCAGUGCUCAGGUCAAUCUGGAGCCACGACAACGAAGAUUUGCUGCUGCCGGCUCAUCAGCGUAUCUCCAGUAUACGGAACAGUGCACCUUGUGCACCUUUCAACUCCGUUCUCCCUUACGGAGCAGCAGUGCUGCGGGUAGCAGCAGCACCCGUACUCUGGCAAGUCAAACGGCAACGACGAUGACGCCGGCCUCCUCCUCCUCCUCUGCCUCCGCAUCGAAGCAACGUUGGCGUCGCAAGUGGAAUUGUUGCGCCAGCGUUCCGGACAGUCCGGAUGUGCCACAGGAUCUGUUGGCGGCGCUCGCCUAUCGUGAGCAGGGCAAGCUGAAUGCCAACGAGUUGCCUGUGCAAUUUAUACGUAGUCUGAACGGUGGCUUGGAGCUGCCACAUGUGGCAGGCGCUGAGCUGCCGCUGAAGACGCCGCGCAGCUCGCGACUCCGCCAUAUGUUGCGCCUGCUCGGACGCUAUCGUCGACCGCGCUGUCAACGCGGCCAUCUGCCGGAGCCGCAGAUGAUCAUCAAACAGAAUCAAAUACGGCCGCUGCAACUGCAACCGGGUCGCGGCUACGAUAAUCCAGCAGGAACAAGUUCAACUGGUACAACUCCCACUCCACCAUUGCCAGCGAGCUGCAGUUCACCGAGCAGCGGCAGCAGCGAUCUGAGCAACGAACAUCUCGGCAAGGAGGUAAUGCUGCUGCCAACCAGCGUCAUCCGGGAUGAUAGUGUCACCACCAGUUACUCGUUGACACUGCCACCGGCCUUGCCGCCGCCAACACGCCGCAAAAUGCCGAAUGCCAGCGAACUGGCCGAGCUGGCCGAAACCUUGGGCUUCAUCUCCAGCCAAACGCAAACGUCAACAACGUCAGCCGGCAGUCGCCAUUUGCCCGGACUGGGCAAUGUCUAUAGACGCCAGCGGCGGAAGCAUUUCCUGCGCACACGUUCGCCCACCUUGUCGCCCAUCCACGAAUCCGGCCUGUCGAAUCCGACAUCGCCUCAGCCGCUGCGACAUGGGCUGGCGGUCAGUACGAGUUCGGUGGCCAGCAGCAGCAAUUCCAACAAUGCCAAGUGCUCACCGGAUGUGGCACGAUCCUCCUCAGCGUCGCUGGUACAGAAUCUAUGUGGCAUUGCGGGCGAUGCACUGCGCAAAACUGCCUCGAAUAGUUCCCUGCAGAGCAUCAGCUCCAAUUCGAGCAGCACCUAAGAUAACAGAUAGAAUUAGAGAUGGGACGAGAGGGGUAGCAAGAGAGCGGAUUGUGGACAGUUCCUUGAAUUGGUUUCUGCUUAGUCCAUAGGUUAGUUAGUCAUAGUGUGGCCGUUUAACCCACCCAAUCCAAAGUCUACAUUCCAGUUUCAGUUAUCGGAGAAUUUGUAAUUAUUUUCCAAAUGAAAUCCACUUUUGGUCCAUUUGAUUUUCUAUAUAUUUAGCAGACUUACUUGAGUCAUAAUUAUUAUUAUACUUUGUAAAUAUGUCCAAAGACUUAAUUGAAACUAAUUUUUGUAUUAAACUCUAUUGAAAACUAUAUCCUUAAACACUUAGUUCUUUAUUAAAUAUGAUUUAGCAGAUAUACUCGAGAUGAAUACUGUUACAGAGUUAGGAUUGAGGAUUUAUUAAUCUACUUUGUAAAUAUGCCCAAA